AUGAAUAUAAGUCAGAUACAUGUUGGUACAUCAGUUCCUGAUAAUUCUGUUGAUUAUGACUCCGACGAAGACAGCGGGAAAUGUGAUGUUAUAAAUAAAUUUGGGGAAAUUAAGUCUUUCAAAAAUCCUCUUUGUCGUUGCGGCGGAAGCGGCACAGUUUACCCAUUUAUUUGUAAAGUGCAGGUGAAAGACGCUCCCUAUGACGAAAAUUGCGAUGUGCAUGAUCUAAGUUAUCAAUAUAAUGCUAAUGUAGGCAGUUGCUACAAAAUCCCAAGAGUAGCACUCACGUGGAACGCAGCUUACGAUGAAUGCCAAGCGGUGGGAGCUCACUUGGUAGUGAUAAAUUCUGAGGUUGAACAGCAAGCGGUGAAGAAGAUUAUGGAUAGGUCACUAAGGUUACAUGACUCUCAUCACGCUGCGUAUUAUAGUGCUGGGUUCCGCGCUAAACCUGGCACGAGAGAGUUCGUAACGAUUUUCAAUCAAACUCUAGAAGAAGCUGGGUACGCGGUGUGGUGUGAAGGUGAGCCUAAUAAUUAUAACAACAAUGAGUAUUGUGGCUCCCUCUUGCAGUACGAUGGCAAGUUGAACGACUUCAGUUGCACUGACCGGUAUGCCUUCAUAUGUGAGAAGGAGAAAGCUACCUAAAUGGAUUGAUUACUUAGCUAUCGGUGCCAUUGAUCCGUUGCGCUACGUCGACGGAGACUCUUCGCUCUGUUAACGUAUCAACGAACAACACUUACAGCAUGACGGAACAAUGACGCCGAGCCGUCUACUACUGCCGCGUAGCGACCCAAAUUGAGUCUUGGCCUCCAAGAUGACGCCAUUUCAUGUGGUUUUCUACCAACAUUCGUGGAAAGAAGGGACACUCGAUUAGAUUAAAUGUUAUUAAGUAUAAUUUUGUUAUUUAUUUAUUUAUUAAAAGUCACUGCACUAACAGUACCUACUAACAUUAUUUUAUUUCGACCUCCCUGAUUGCUUUUUUAUAUCAAUUAGCUACUAAAAUACAGCUCUAAAGUUUUACGUUAGAUUUACAUUCAGCGAAUGAGACGUAUAUACUCGAAGUUCUCGAAGUAAAGAUCA